GAACACAGAGCUAACGCAAAUAUAGCAAAACAACCAUGAACUGAUUCACUGCGCGGAGCAAAUCCAUCGUAAUUUGUAUACUAAAAGAUGCCAUGUUGCGCAUGCGAACUGGAAGUCCUAAAUUUGUAGCCCGACCCCUAGGGUUGAGAAACACUGGUUUAAACCAAUCAGCAUUUAGGUUGUGUUAGCAUGCAGAAGCACAGCAGGGUUUUUUUUCCACAUUUGCUGGAAAGUUUCACCGUCUCAGCGGCAGCACGGUCUACUUCAGCUCUUCUCUUAGUUUAUUGUGUAAAAUUAUAAGAAUUAAGAACAGUUUUUCAAGUGCACAAACAAAAAUUGCAAAAGUAUUUAUUUGACAUGUUUGCAUUACUCUGUUUGUUGUUAUGGCGUCUGAAUGGUGUGUGUGGUGCUGGAGUGAAGUCGGUGUCUAUCAUUGAAGGAGAUUCGGUCACUCUAGAAUCGUCUCUUACUGAAAUACAGAGCAGCGAUGUGAUAAUGUGGAGGUUUGGAGAAAUUCUCUUAGCAACAAUCUACACAAAGGACGAGAAGAGGAAAACGUCUUAUCCUGAUGAGAGAAUCAGAGACAGACUGAAGCUGGACAGUCAGACUGGAUCUCUGACCAUCACAAACAGCAGAAUCUCAGACUCUGGACUUUAUACAGUGACCAGCAGCAGCUCUACCACGCUACUCAACACUUUCAGCCUCACUGUCUAUGCUCGUCUGCCUGUUCCUAUCAUCAGUAACUCUUUAUCAGAGCAGUAUUGUUCAGUGUUGUGUUCAGUGGUGAAUGUGAGUGCUGUGAGUCUCUCCUGGUACAAAGGAAGCAGUGUAUUGUCCAGCAUCAGUGUGUCUGAUCUCAACAACAGUCUCUCUCUACCUCUGGAGAUUGACUGUCUGGAUGAUUUCUACAGCUGCGAGGUGAAGAAUCCCAUCAGCAAUGAGACCACACAACUCAGCAGUACUCAUAUGUGUCAGCCGUGUUCAGACUGUAUCUGCUGCUGUGGUUCUACUGAAGCCUUGAUUCGAUUGGCUCUCUCUGCUGUGGUGGGCGUGGCUUCUGUUGCUGUACUGGUCUAUGACAUCAGAUCCAGAAAGAAAGUAGAAAGAACAAACAUCACCUUGUAUUGGUUAUCAGCUUGAUUGUCCACGAGACUCACUAAAGGGCACUUCAGCUGUCUGUACACAUCGUCUUUACACAAGCUACAGGUGAUGCCUGCUGACAAGGCUGACAGCCACCACCAGGUCCUAAUGCAGGCCUUAUAAAUGAAGUGAGCCUUGUCAAGUAUGGUCUUACUCAUACUUAAAAUUGGUCCUCUGCUUUUAACCUAUCCUUGUGCACAAGCACAUUUUUGCAUGAGGAGUGAGUGAGCACACACACAAACACACUGUGAGCAACAGAAAAUCUGCAUCAACAAAUUGAGUUGAAUUGAGUUAAUCUGAAAUUGACAUGUCAGAUUAAAAUUGUUGCAUUGUCUUUGCAAUUACCCUCCCCCUUCACGCACUGUAAAAAAUGUAAUGACAAAGUGUCAAGAUGAAAAAAUCCAAGUCGAAUAUCCUUUUGUUGCUUUAGCUUAUCUUAGCAAGUUAAUCAGAUUUUAACAUUUUUUUUUAAUCAUACAAAAUUUAACUCAAUAUUUUUAAUUAGUUUGAUUGAAGUAAGUAGAGAUGACCAGAAAAUUAAGGCAGCAAGACUUUUUUACAGUGUGCUUUAUCCCCUCAGUUUUUAAUAACCUUAUGUGUUUUAGUAGGCUAUUUAGUAUAAACAAGAAACUUUAAGUAGGUAAAAUUAUCAUCUUUGAAUAAAUGUUUUACAUUUGUUUUCAUUUUGUUUUAAGUUAAUGACAUGUUUGACCCUUAUCUGUUGGGUUAAGUUCACCUUUUAUAGAAGUUUGUACUUCUUAUUUAUCUAAUAAAGCUAAUAAACUA